GGUCAAGCUUGUAAGAGGUCAGUAGCGGUUUUACUUCCGAAGAAGAACCGGAUUCUUAAUAAGAAUAUUUAACACAGUGACACAAACACAAGAAAAUGUAUAAAUUUUUGAUAUUAUUCUUCGUUUUACAAACAGCUUCAGGUCAAGAUGAAUUUUAUUAUUUAAAGCAGUGUGAUAAACAAGAUCCUAAUGUAAAUAAAUGCCUUCAAAGAUCCGCAAAUGUUUUACUUCAACAUAUAAAUUAUGGAAUUCCCGAAUUAGGAUUAUCAGAACCGGAACCAAUCGUUAUCGAUGAGAUUGGUAUUUCUUUAGGAAGUGGACCAGACGGCUAUAGAGCUUCUUUUAGAAAUAUUCAAGCUUACGGAGUUAGUAAUUUAACGAUUACUCAAGUUAGAUCUGAUAUACCAAGUAAUCAAUUCCAAUUUACUUUUUAUAUCCCGAAAAUUUCCGCUAAAGCUCAAUAUGAAUCAAGUGGAAUUCUUAUUUUGGUGCCAGCAACGGGAGGUGGUGAUUAUUGGGGAGAAUAUGAGGGUGUAAAAGCAAAAGUAUACAUAAAAGCCACACCAACCGAUAAAUAUGGAAGAACUUACUUAAAUUUGGACCAGGUUAAAAUGGAUUUUAGCGUUAAAAAUAUUAAAAUGGGAGUCGACAACGUUCAUAACGGAAAUACAGUUAUUCAAGCUGCCUUAAACUUAUUUAUCAACACCAAUUCUCAAGAAUUACUUAAAGAAAUGAAACCGGCUUUAAAAAAGAAAUUGGUUGGGCUCAUCUCGAAUUUUGUACACACUCUUUUUGAUAAUAUACCUUAUGAUGCGUGGAUUGUAAGUCAAGAAUAUUAAGAUUUAAAUUACUUUAUUUAUUUAAUUAUUUUUUAAAUUUCUGUUGUUUUUCUGUAUUAUA